UAUAUAUAUAUAUAUAUAUAUAUAUAUAUAUAUAUUCCAUCAUAUAUUUUAAAUAGCAUAUAUUAUAUUUAUUGAAAGGACUACUCCUCUAGGAAACCAUUUUCCAAUUUAAUGGUCCUUUAAAGAGCUUUUACUGUAUUUAUUUCCCAUUGUUUUGAGGUACUGAAUAAGAUUCCUAAUACACAUUAGAGAAAAGUCAGUGCAACCUGCUUUUUAGUUCAACAUAAAACGUAUCAGGAAAGGGCACAUUUAUUAUGGCUUUUAGAUACUUUUUUAGACACUAGCUAGGACAUGUCACCAUAUAAGAAUUAACCCUAUGAGAAUUACUUUUGCAAUUACGCAGUGCGUUAGGGCUGCAGGGCAGCAAUGUUAACCACUACAAAAUAAGGAAGAGCUCAGCCCGAAUAUGGAGAGAAAACAAAGGGGAAAAUUUGUUUCUUUAACGAAAAGGGAGGCUGAAAUUGUGCUGGAAACAUACAUACAAAGAAGCAUAAGCACUCGUGAAGUAAAAAGAACAGGGUGCAAGAAAGAGAAAAAGCUGCAAAGGUCAAUCAGUGAUGUCACCAGGUUCACACAUAAAUUAAACAAAAGUAAGAUCGCUGCUGUACCUCAAGCUGAAUUAGAGGAAAAAGGUAUAAAAGACAGCGAGGACAUAUUGUGGAAAGGGUUGUGGGACGGGGACAAGGCCACCCCUGUCAAAAAGCAAUCAUGGUUCAAGAGCUUUCUAAAUAAGCUAUUUAAAAAAGAAGCAAACAUUUCUGAAUCAGGCUCCGUGACUUCGACUACCGAUGGACAUUCAGAUCAGGCUCCAAAGAAAAACAGCUCUAGAAAAGAUAGCCUCCGAAGAGCACUUUCUUUUAAGAAGAGUAAUGCAGAUAAAAAGCUGAAAAGGCCCACCAAUCUUCCCCUGGAGCAUGUCUGUAGACCACAUCCACUUCAACCAUGUGAGAUCAAUGAAAACUGUUACUAUGAACAAGUAUCUACAGAGAUUGAGCUUCUUGUGAAAGAUACCGAAAACCUGGAGGUUAGAAACCGCAAGCAAAGCUUAAAUGAGGAGGGAAAUAAUACUGGAACAGAAGACAUGGAAACUAUGAUUAAGAAAAUUGUUGCUAUUCUUCAAAAGGAAGGUGAUGCCUAUAACAGAAAGAUUAAGGAAGACCCCGCCAUCAACAACUUCUUCAGAGAUUUCUCAUAUAAUUCCUUCAAGCAACUUGCUGAUGUCUAUGUUGACAAUGAGGUUAAAAAGAGGGACUCUGUUGGAACUCCCGAAGAUAUGAAAUUUGCAUUCUCUGUUCACUUUACAAAGCAGGUUGUAGGACUCUCUACUCACCCUAUAACCAGGAUUAUGGGCUUUGGGACAAGAUAUCUUCAAGACACCUUUACAUUGCUUUCAUACAGUAGGGAUGAUCUGACUCACUGUAUUGAUCUAAAGCCUUGUUUGAGCCCUGACUGAACAGUCCAUCCUACUUCUCGUCCAUGAUGCUGGCACAUGGCAACUUCAUUUCAUCAAUGUAAAAUAAUAAUAUAUUCUAUGCUGUAUGUACUGCUGGACCAGUAUAUUCAUUUUGAACUGUGAAAAUAAACUCAUAUUUUUAUGUAGUUAAACUUUUAGGGAAUUCUUUGACGUGAAAAUGAAUGAUUUCCAGUGAUUGAAAUGGGGUGUUCCCAUCCCAAAACUUGGACUUCAUGGCCCCUUCUUGACUAACUUAGGUAGUUGGGAAGCCAAAAAUAGCUGAGUUGGCUGUUUUAAAGAAUUUGCAUAGCUCCCAUUAAAUAGGCGCUCCUAGUUUGUUUGUUUUUUUGCCCAUAUCAUGCACGCUCAUAAUAGCUAGUUGUACAUUGCCAAUGGUUUUAUUCCAACACUGCUAUUCAUUUUAAUUACUCUAAAUGGUCAUGUUAUCACAAGUCAAGGAACUCAAGUCCUGGGUCAGAUGAUUUUCUGUGAAGUACUGGAUGACAUAAUCACCUUCCAGAUCCCCUCCCACACCAGAUCUGUAUACUACUGCUGCCAUGUCUAUAGCAUCAGAAUAAAUAUUUGUUAUACAUCUCCUCUGAGGCUAUGUUCACAUAUUGCUUUUCUCACUGCAUUUUUUCAACUUUUUCCAUCAUUCUUCCUAAAAAGUUGCAAAAGUGGUAUUUUAUCGCAAUUAUGCAAUUUUUACAGCAGUUUUGGAAAGUCGCUGCAGAAACUGACAAAAUGCCGUAAAGCAUGUGAAAAAUGCAUUAGAAGUUUAAUUUGUGAACACAGUCUGAACACCUUCAUAAAACACCUCAAUUGUGAUUAUAGGUCAAAUCACCCUUUACUUCAUGGCAAUAAAAAAAUGCACUUUAAAGAAGCAAACACAUCAAAACUGCACAUAGUGUGAACUGAUCUCAACUCACUUAUAAGUCUAAGGCGUUCACGUGGCGAAACUCCAGCACUACCAGGCUGAUUAGAUGAGUAGAUGCAGCGAUCAAACACCACACCCAAACACCACACCCACUGCACUAUAAAAGAAAAAAGAAAAUAUCCUGAAGUGCUUCCUUAAUUUUAAUGGGAGUUGUGCAAUUAGCAUAUCACUGCAAGCUAUAUUGUCUGUGGCUCAAGUGGGAUGACAGUAUGUGGAUACUUUUAUAACUAAUGUGCUAAGAAUUGGGCACCCAUCAUAAAAAAAAAACCUACCUUAUGCAUAUCUAGCACAUCUUAAUUUCUUAGUAUCUACAACUCACAGAAACUGAAACAGAAAUGUGUUGAUCAUCAUUAUCAGCACUCCAGAGGCAUAGGAAGAAUCUCCGACUACCACAGUACACUUUACAUCAAUUUCUCUGAGAAGCAGGUGGUCUUUUUAGAACCAUAAAAAAGGACUAAUGUAGGACUAAAAAGGAGGCACUGUGCACUUUAACUAUACAUACUCCAAGUUACAUAACAUUUUUAUCGAGAACCAGAAGGUUGCUUUACUGCACUAAAUUUAGAAGUCAUGAAAUUUUGCACUAUUACAUUAUAUUUGCACUAUUACAUUAUAUGUUUUAUUUUGUAUCCUCUGGUUUAGCUGCAGUGUUUACCCCAUGUAUAGAAAAUUGUAUUAAAAAUAAUGUACAUACUAUAAAUACUAUUUAGAAUGCAUUUUACAUAGGAA